GGGGCACUGAGUGGGCGGGGCGGGCCCUGCGCAUGACCGGAGGGGCCGCCGCUCGGGCCGCGCUCAGGGCUGAAAUACUAGUUUGAACUGGAAGCACCAGGCUGAAGAUAGAAAUAUCCAGACACCUUUGAACUGGAGGAGAGAGGGCUACUCUUCCAAGUGUGAAGCAUGUACCCUUGCAACAGUACUUAGCUGGGGGAAAGCGCCUCCGAGAUUUCUUAGGAAUGCUGCUUGGAUUUCUUGGUAGAAGCUUUGUUUUGCUGAGCAGCUGAGGCUCUCUUUUCUGGGAUAAGGAGAUUCAAGACGUUCAUGAGACCCCUAGGCCUUAGAAGAAGAAGGCAUCUGGCACCUUCACUCAAGCUCAUCGGGUGUCCAUUAUAAGUGCCUAAAAUAAAGGCAUCCAGGCUUCCUCCCUCUGGAUUGGUGAAGUCAAGGGAGAGAAAAUCUACUCUUGAAAGAGAGAUGGCUGAGCGGUCUUUAGUGGAGAGGAAAACUCAGGUGAGGAGCAACCUGCAGUAAAUGGCCACCUCCGUCUCAUCAGGGACCAAGGCAGUCUCUUGGUGGAAUUACUUUUUCCUUUAUGAUGGCUCAAAGGUAAAGGAAGAAGGAGACCCAACUAGAGCUGGCAUUUGCUAUUUCUAUCCUCCUCAGACAGCACUUGACCAGCAGGAGUUCCUCUGUGGACAGAUAGCUGGAGUCGUCCGCUGUAUCUUUGAAAUCUCUGGUUCUCCUCCCAAUCUUGUUCGUCUGAGGAAACUGAAAUUUGCCAUAAAGGUCGAUGGAGAUUUCCUUUGGGUGCUGGGCUGCACGGUUGAGCUCCCUGAUGUCAGGUGCCGAGAAUUCCUGAAUCAGCUGAUUGGAUUCUUCACUUUUUAUAAUGGGCCUGUUUCUCUGGCUUACGAGACUCGUCCUCAGGAAGAACUGAACAGGGAGUGGGACAGCUUUAUCCACUAUAUUCUGAAAAACACCAAUGAGCUGCACAAAAUAUUCAACUCCCUUUGGAACUUGGACAAAACCAAGGUGGAGCCCCUCCUCUUACUAAAAGCUGCUCUCAUUUUGCAGACCUGCCAGCGAUAUCCUCACAUUCUGGCCGGCUGCAUCCUCUAUCAGGGACUGAUUGUCACCACCCAGCUGCCACCUUCCCUCACUGCCAAGGUCCUUGUCCAUCAAGCAUCGUCUCUUAACGAGAGUCUACCUGCAGGAGGGGAUGAUGCCCUUCAGGAGCGUGGACCUACGCUGCCGGCAAACGUCCGGAUCACCCCUGUUUUCCUCACAGAAGAUGAAGCUGCUAGCCUUCGUGAUUUCCCGGUAGAAUGGAUGACAAGGUCUCCCACAUCUUUGGCCAAAUGCAAGGAGAAGCCAGAGCCACAUGCUGAAGGCUGCCUUGUAAAUGAGGAUCGCCUGGCCUGGAAACUGGCCGCAGCCCUGGGGAGUGAGUCGGCUUGUCCAAAUGGCCCCGUGGAAGUCUGUGAGGAGCAAGGCCCCUUGCUUGGCCGUAACCCAGAGAGUGUCGGCCCGCCGAGAUUACAAAGCCCUGCUGAGAGCCGCGGGCCAGAGCUCAGCACCAGCCCGGGCAAGGAGGCCAGGCUGCUCCAAAGCAAAGCCGCGUCUUUCCCCUCCUCCUCUGCACUCCCCACUCCGGGAGGGAAGGAAACCAAGACCCGAUCAGUGCAUUGCCACUUGCCCGGUGUCUGUGCCUCUGAUGGUGGUAAUGCACACCAGGAGAAUGCUGUGAGAUCCCCUGGGGAAGGACUCUGCCAGGACAUUCCAGGGAGUGGCAGCCAGGACAGUGUUCCUGGAGGAGACCAUCUUCCCAACGGGCAGAGCAGCCCAUUGUCCUCGCCCCUCUCGGGCUCUGAGCACACGAGACAGACACGCGGUGCUGAAGAACAGGGUGCCGGGCGGUUCGGGGGAGGGGGCAGCCCACGGACAUCAGCCUGUGCUCGGGAGGCUCGUUCUAGCUCCCUGGGGGCUCAGGGCCAUGGCCUCUCUACAGAUGGACCUGGCUUGAGCCCCCCUUGGGGGGACCCUCCGGCCCAGCUGGUGAAGAUGCUCCUGUACACUCACAGUGUGAAAGGGCUGGUCUUGUCCCUGCUGGCUGAAGAAGCGCUCCUCAGGGAUGAGGCGGUCAUCGAGGACGCGAGAAUGCAGUGGCAUCCAGAAACUGCAGGGCGAGAUGGCUGCAGGUAUCACAGUAGCUUGGCCUCGUUAAAUGGUCUGGAGGUUCACCUGAAGGAGACGCUGCCCAAAGAGGAGCCUGCCACUGCACGAGCUACAUACAGCUUCCUGCACUAUGACAGCAUUCAGAAUGUGCUCACUGCCAACCUGCCUCAAGCACCCACUUCCCAGGAUCGACACCUUCUCCGGGCGGUCAGUCUGAUCCAUUCAAACUUCACCCAGAUGCCAGCUCUGUGUGAGAUGACAGUCAGAAAUGCCUCCGCAGCAGUGUAUGCCUGUUGCAACCCUGUCCAAGAAACCUAUUUCCAGCAGGCGGCCUCCCCGGUCCGGAGCUCCGGGUUCCCCAGCCCCCAGGACAGUGCCUUCACCCUCCCGGGCAAGGCCAGGCAGAAGCUUCUGAAGCAUGGGGUGAACUUACUUUGAGCAGGACGGCCACGGGCUCUGCUGCUGCCCAACACAGACACAUCCUCGAGGGCUGCCCCGCCCUGCCCCACCCUGGGGAAAUGUGCAGGUUCUUAGGGUUUGGGGGAGAUGGGAGAGAUAAGCCUUUCUUUUUGCUGAGCACAGGGGGCUGGGGUGUGGUGAGAGAUGAGCGGGUUCUGAGCGUUUCAAGGAGAUUUCCUGGAUUCAUCAGCAUGGAGUCAAGCCCGAAAGGCUCCCAGGGAGAGGCUGCCUGUCCUGCUGGGCUCACGGGGUGCUGUUUGCCAUUUGCUGCUCCCGUUGCUGGUCUGGUUGUAGUUAUUCUGUGGUAGGUGUCAGUCGGCUUCCUUCGCUUGCCUUGCUCUCAGUAGAAAGCUUCAUCUCACCUACUGGGUGUGAUCAUAAAGGCAAGAGAUGGUGAUUUAUUUUUAACAGUUGGGCCAAAGUAUACACCUCCAGACAGGGUUACCCACUUCAAAGUUGUUCCCUUCGGAGACUACACACUUGUUCCCGGGAGGUUGCCAUUGCUUAGGGUAUUGGAGGGGGCUUCUCUUUAGAAUAGCUUUCAGAGCCUGCAGCAACCCGUUCUUUUGAGGCUUGUCAGUAGAGGCGAAUUCUUGUAUUACAAGGAAACAAAUUUGAUUUUUGGAAACAACCAUGAGCCAUAUGGAGCUGCCUCUGGAGGGUAAGGUAGGCCGUCAAGCUGGGUGAUGCUGCCUCUGGUCAAAAACAGUCCCUAGCCAGGACUGUGAAGUCGGGUAACCUUGCUGGUUUUCUCAGGUUCUGAAAGCUACCCUCCUCUCCUCCAUAGCCCCAAACAUUUGGCACAAGCCAGUGUUAUUAAGUAUGGGGCCUUGCUUUUUGAAGGGGCCAGGACUCAUCCGGAUGGUUUGAUGGGGGCAUCUAUUACAAGAUCAGCCCACUCCUUUCCUCUGUCAGAUGUCUCAUCAGAGGAACAAAACAGCUACCAAAGGCACUGCUCUGUCUCUUCCAGCAAUCCCUGGAAUUCCUCUUUGUUAAUUGAGGAAUACAAAAUUGUGAGGCAGUGAACCGAUGUAUUAACUUUGAGGGUGUGAUGUUUAUUCUUAUUUAUAAACAAAUUUAUUAUAUCGCUAACCCUAAACAGUAUUGCUCUGAUUAACAAAGUUUAUGAAUCAACAUGUGUCAGUAAACAAGUUUUGUGGA